AUGAGCAGCGCGCCGUACGUGGACAUUGACGACAUUUUGGCCGGCGACGAGCGCAUCAAAUGUACGUUCGAGACGGACGUCCUCGACUGCGGCUACCUCGACGCUAGUUGCAACCAGACGGACCUGCCGAGAGGCGCUGUCGUGGAGCUGCCGCUGUGGCUCGCGACGACGUUGGCCCGACGCGGCGACGUGACGCUCGAGCCGCCGCACUUCCUGACCAAACGCUUCCGCCGCAUGCUCCAGGCCGGUCCGUCGUCAAUCAACCUGCGCGAGUGUUCCGCCUACGUGCUCACAGUGGGCAGCUCACUGCUGCCGUGCGUCCGUGCGGACGAGCAGCGCCAAGUCGACGCGAUCCUGCGGCUCUGUUUCGGCGGCGAGCGCUACGCCGCGAUCCUCAACAACGCCACGAGCAGCAGCACGUUGACCGAGGACACGACCGAGUUCACGCGGAAGCUCACGCGCGACGAGGCGAAGCUCUUCGAGGCCGGCAGUCGCGACGCCGCGGCCUUUGUGCAGUGGAAAGCCCGCAACACUGAGACCGUUGCGGCGCCGGCCGUCAUCGCGCGCGCGCUCAAGAAGCGCAAGUGUCGCUCGUGA